AACACUUCUAUUACUCUACAGGAUAUAUAUUGAUUCAAUGCUUCCCAAUCUAGUUAAGGCCCUCUGGGCUUUUCUACUGCUGGCGUCUGUCGCUCAGGCCCAGUUCCAGUUCUUCGAGCACAUGUUUGGCGGCGGAGGCGGCGGCGGCCAGCGACAGGCUCGCCAGCAAGCAGAACCUCAUGAUGGCCCUAGUGAUCCUUCGUGGUAUCAGAAUGAGUGGGAAAGUGCACGCUGCUCCAAAUACCUAUGCCCCGAUACUCUUGCCUGCGUCCACUUCCCACACCAUUGUCCGUGUCCGCACCCAGAUGUUGAAGAGAAGAUUGAAUUGGGCGAGGGAAGUGCGGUUUGCGUUUCAAAGGGAGGAUACAAGGCUGGCGAAGCGGCGCGGAAGAUCGAGCUGGCUCGGAAGGGUCUUCUAUAAGGUGGACAAUUAUUGAGGUGCAUUUGGUUGUGUGUGGUAUAUUCAUAAGAGUUUUAGUUAUAUCUGUCUUGAAAUGAAAACAUUGUCGUGGGUUGGUUUGCGUUGGUAUCUGUUGGGAUAGGUGUGCUUUAUGCCAAAAUGCACCAUAUUGGUAAAUAUAAAUUGUGCAUUAUAUGAGCUGCUCACUUAGUUCAUUUUGCUGUUAUAGUUCAAAUUGAACGUAUUCUCUGGUGUACGGAAUAGAAUAGACAAG